AUGGAGUCGGAGUCCGGGGCGGCGGAGCUGGGCCGUUGGCUAGAGACUGCCCUGAAGAAUCGGAGGGGCGCUAAUGUCGUGUUCGACAUCCUGGGCGUGCUGCAGGCCGAUCAGGAAGAUGACAUUCUCAACGCCAUUCACACCUGUAGCCGACUCUUUGGGGCCCUGCUGGAACGAGGGGAGCUCUUUGUGGGUCAUCUGCCUGAAGAGGAGGCAACAAUGGCAGGGUCUGGAGGUGCUUUACGGAAGUAUAAGGUAUGGAUGAGACACCGGUAUAACAGCUGCUGCAAUCGUCUAGCAGAACUCUUGGGCCAUCGUUCUUUCAAGAUCAAGGAACUGGCCCUUUGCACACUCAUGAAGUUUGUGCAGCUAGAGGGAGCACACCCGCUGGAAAAAUCCAAAUGGGAUGGCAACUAUUUGUUCCCUCGAGGCCUUCUCUUGUGUGUGGUGGAAGGCCUGAUUCCAACCGAGGCUGAUUCAUCUCUGCUGAUCUCCCGGUUCCAGGAAUACCUGGAACAUGAUGAUGUUCGUUACCAUACUAUGCAGGCCACUGUGGAUCUGGUGGCCAGGGUCACAGACACACACCAGCAGGGGGUGCCCCCCAUGUUCUGGAACAACACCUUCACCCUGAUCUCAGCUGUGAGCCUACCCCGCCAGCAGAGUGACAUCUCUAAUUUCUAUGUGAAACACAAAGAGAUGCUGGAGAAGUGGAAGGUCACUCAGCUAAAGGAGCACAAGCAUGUCUUCGAGAAGAUGUGGUUCAGUUUUCUCAAGCACAAGCUGCCCGUCAGCCUCUACAAGAAAGUGCUUGUGAUCAUGCACGAUUCCAUCCUGCCCCACAUGAGCCAGCCCAGCCUCAUGAUUGACUUCCUCACGAGUGCCUACGACAUCGGUGGUGCCAUUAGUCUCCUGGCAUUGAAUGGUCUCUUUAUCCUGAUUCAUCAGCAUAACCUUGAGUAUCCUGAAUUCUAUAGGAAGCUCUACAGCCUUUUGGAUCCAUCUGUUUUCCAUGUGAAGUACCGAGCCCGCUUUUUCCACCUGGCAGACCUGUUUUUGUCUUCUUCGCACUUACCUGCGUACCUGGUGGCUGCUUUUGCCAAGCGCCUCUCCCGCCUGUCCCUGACUGCCCCUCCUGAGGCACUGCUCAUGGUUAUUCCCUUCAUCUGUAACUUGCUCCGAAGACACCCUGCCUGCAAGGCCCUGAUCCACCGCCCCAGUGCAGAGGCCAACGGUCUGACUACUGACCCCUAUAACAUGGAGGAAGAAGAUCCAGCCAAAAGUCAUGCCCUGGAGAGUUGCCUGUGGGAGCUGAAGACCCUUCAGAGACAUUAUCACCCAGAGGUAGCCAAAGCGGCCAUGGCCAUCAACCAGGCCUUGUCCCCUCAUGAAGUCAGCAUUGCCCAGCUGCUGGAGCUCUCUCCUUAUGAGAUCUUUGAGAAAGAUUUUAAGAAGGAGGAAUCUGGCCCAGUGCCCCUGGAGUUCAUACAGCCACAGGGGCUCCUUGGCCGGAGAGGUGACCUCUGCGUAGAACACUUUGCCCUGGACUGACAACUUCCUUUAACCCCUUAACCCCCUGGUUUGGGAUUAA